GAUAAAAUUAAUAUACGAACGAUUUCCAUCAGUUUUAUAACAUUUUAUCACGUUUGACUUGGUCGGUGGUUCUUCCGGUUUGCCGCCAUAUUUCAGCGUCGCAAUCAGUCGAGUGAGACUUUUCAGCUCUUUGAACCCGCUUUAAUUCGCAAAAAUCAAUAACAAAAAUGGCAGACAACGAGGACCUUCUCGAUUAUGAAGAUGAGGAGCAGACCGAAACCGCUCUCGCUGAGGCGACCGACGGCACCGCCAAGAAAGAGGUCAAGGGCACCUACGUGUCCAUCCACAGCUCCGGCUUCAGGGACUUCCUUUUGAAGCCCGAAAUCCUCAGAGCCAUCGCCGACUGCGGCUUCGAACAUCCCUCCGAAGUGCAACACGAGUGCAUCCCACAGGCCGUGCUUGGCAUGGACGUUCUUUGCCAGGCAAAAUCUGGCAUGGGCAAAACUGCCGUCUUCGUGUUGGCCACUCUGCAGCAGCUCGAGCCCACUGAGAAUGUUGUCUACGGCCUGGUCAUGUGCCACACGCGCGAGUUGGCCUUCCAGAUUAGCAAGGAGUACGAAAGAUUCUCCAAGUACAUGCCCAACGUCAAGGUCAACGUGUUCUUUGGUGGGUUGCCGAUCCAGAAAGAUGAGGAAGUUCUGAAAAGCAACUGCCCUCACAUCGUAGUUGGUACGCCCGGCCGAAUUCUGGCCCUUGUGCGGUCCAAGAAGUUGAACCUGAAAAACCUCAAGUAUUUCAUUCUCGACGAGUGCGACAAAAUGCUGGAGCAACUUGACAUGAGACGCGACAUCCAAGACAUUUUCCGCGCCUCUCCCCAUGAGAAACAAGUCAUGAUGUUCAGCGCCACCCUGAGCAAAGAAAUCCGACCCGUCUGCAAGAAGUUCAUGCAAGACCCGAUGGAAGUUUACGUCAACGACGAGGCCAAACUGACCCUGCACGGUCUGCAGCAGCACUAUGUCAAGCUCAAGGAGAAUGAGAAGAACAAGAAGCUGUUCGAGCUGUUGGACAUUCUCGAGUUCAACCAGGUGGUCAUUUUCGUCAAGUCUGUGCAAAGGUGUAUGGCCCUUGCUCAGCUGCUCACCGAGCAAAACUUCCCCGCCAUUGCCAUCCAUCGAGGGAUGACUCAGGAGGAACGUCUCUCCAGGUACCAACAGUUCAAAGAUUUCCAGAAGAGAAUUCUGGUUGCAACCAAUCUGUUUGGCCGAGGCAUGGAUAUUGAAAGAGUUAACAUCGUAUUCAAUUACGACAUGCCCGAAGACUCCGACACCUACUUGCAUCGUGUUGCUCGUGCAGGACGUUUCGGCACCAAGGGUCUUGCGAUCACCUUUGUGAGUGACGAAAAUGACGCCAAAAUCCUCAACGACGUGCAGGACAGAUUCGACGUCAACAUUACCGAGCUCCCUGACGAGAUUGAUCUCUCUUCUUACAUUGAAGGACGAUAAGAAGCUGAUUCUUCCAGAUCAUUCCGAGAGAUCGCCAACCCAGCACACAGCUUGCAAACGCAUUUUAUUGUAUCUCAUUCGAAAAGCUAACAGCUAUUUCAUUUUACUUACUUCCACACGUAAUAAAUUCUUAAUGUAAUGUA